UAUGUCAAUUCCAAAUGUACGGUAUACAUAAUAGUAAGUAGGUCAAUGCAUCUUUUCCCUAACAAACCGAAUUUUUCAAAAAUACCGAAAAGAGAAAAUAAAUCGGAGACUGGUGGGGAAAGUGGUACGAAUUCAUCUGAAACUAUAAGUAAGAGGCAGUGUUGGGCAGAGCCGUAAACCUUCGUCUGAUGCGUUCGCGCGCGUGUUAAAGAGAUUUACCUACCAUUUAUGAAGUAACCCGCAUGUCGGCAUAACGCAUUUGCAUAAAACUGUGAUGUUUGUGUGUGCGGUAUUCUAUUAAAAAGUGCAACGUGGUUGUUUUAAUAAGGAAAAGAAACAUCAGCGUGAACUAUGACGGCGUCAGCUUUCCUAAGCGAGGACAAAACGCACGAGAAAAACAUUGAAGACACACCCAUAUACGUUUCACAUGGCAAAAGGAGAGACUAUGAAUGGCAAAUAGUAUGGAGGAACGUUUUGGCUUUUAUUUAUCUUCACGCAGCUACUUUCUACGGCUUCUAUCUUAUAUUUAUAGGGAAAACAAAAUUAUUAACAAUCAUUUUUGCGCUCCUAUUUUCGGCGAUGUCGGCCAUGGGCGUGACAGCGGGGGCGCAUCGGCUGUGGGCACAUCGCGCAUAUAAGGCCCGCUGGCCGCUGAGGCUCUUCCUCGCGCUCAUGCAGACCAUGGCCUUCCAGAACCAUAUCUACGAAUGGGUACGCGACCACAGAGUGCAUCAUAAAUUUACGGAGACAGACGCGGAUCCACAUAACGCAAAGCGAGGGUUUUUCUUCUCUCACAUGGGCUGGCUUAUGGUGCGAAAACACAAGGAGGUGUUCGAGAAAGGUGCAUCAGUAGAUAUGUCGGAUCUGGAAAAGGACCCCAUCGUAAUGUUCCAAAAAAAAACGUACCUGGUGGUGAUGCCAUUACUCUGCUUUAUCCUCCCUGCGUGGCUGCCAGUCGUACUGUGGGGCGAAAACCCUUGGUCGUCGUGGUACGUUGGAUCAAUCCUGCGCUACACCAUCUCGCUUCACUUCACGUGGCUCGUAAACUCCGCAGCGCACGUUUGGGGGAAUAGACCCUAUGACAAAAACAUAGGCGCCACAGACAACAAAACGGUUGCGUUAUGCGCGUUCGGCGAAGGUUGGCACAACUAUCACCAUGUGUUCCCGUGGGACUAUAAGGCGGCUGAGCUUGGAAACUAUAGUGCAAAUUUUUCAACAGCAUUGAUUGACUUCGCCGCUAAAUAUGGUUUAGCGUACGAUCUCAAAACAGUGUCCGUUGAAAUGAUACGCAAGAGGGUGGCGAGGACAGGGGAUGGAUCUCACCCCUUCGACAAGAAGAUAGACGAUUGCGACGACGAUCACCAUCACCCCGAGAACCCAGUGUGGGGUUGGGAUGACGAAGACAUGACAGAAGAAGAGAAAAAGCUGGCUGAAAUUGUGCAUAAACUAAAAUAGAAUUUAAUAAACUUACUAAUUCCAAUGUUGAAUGAUGCCUGUCUUACAUACUAGGGCUAUAUAAAUUUGCACCGUUUCAUCAAGUUUUGGUAUGGAUAUGAAAUGCUGUCUUGUUUUGACAAUUGUAGACAAAGUACUGAUGUACUUGUACGAAAUGGCUAUUUUUGACGAUAAUAUUGUUAUAAAAUAUGGACGAUCUGUCUUUUCAGCCCCUUUGUUAAAUAUACCGUGACAAUGCAUUUUCUCAUAGGUAGAGAUAAAAUGUAAAUUUGUGCAAUCAUUCUGUAUUAGUUGAAUAAUUUAAUUAAAGAACAUUAUUAUUAAUGGCUUCUGACAAUUCUGCAGACGUAUCUUUCUAAAUCUCUAAACUUAAUUUAUAGAUACAAAAAUAGUGAUAUCUUUGCCACGGAUAAUAUUGUGAAAAAAUAGCACUUGGUAGACGUAGCAAUUGAGUUUCGAGAUUCGUGUACAACAGAAUUGCACAAUUGCAUUGUCAUCAACAAACGUCACAGUUUAGAAACCGUUUUACCGAAAUUGUCUAUUUUUCUUGCUGGGGGAGAGCAGAGAAUCUUCAGUUAAGUCAAAGCGUUAAAUUUUAUCCUGCGCCGUUAUUUUUUUUUAACGAGCCAUGCCUAACUCUCCCCUAUGUGAAAUAAUUUUAUUUCGUUCUACUAUUUACUAACCUAUAGCGUAUCUGACACUUACCUAUUUCUACUACCUUUCUCUAGACUGAUAACAAUAAUAUUUUAUGAUUAUUUAAUUCUAUUAUUUGUUUUGGUGAAUAAAAUAUAAUUUCAUAAUAUAGAGUUAGACGGUUAAUAAGACUAACCAAAGUUUUUUUUUGGGGUUCUCUAGUACAAGUUUCCUUUUGACUCAGUAUUUCAUCUAAACUACUUCGUGAUGAACAAAAAUAUUUUUUAACAAAUUUUAAUUUUAAAUUAAUUUAUAGCUUCUAUUGUAAUUGCGUAGGAAAUGUAAUCUGUGACAUCAAUACCUACUUUACUUGAUUACCUUUAAAAAAUGCCGGAUAUGAACUCACAAAAUCACAAAAACUGCAAGAGCGAAUCGUAGCGAAUGACCAGAAUUUUUAUUUGUUAAGUUAAAGAAUAAAUCAUUGUUUUUAUUUAUCAAAGA